AAAACCACCAUUUGAAGAAGACGACGAUUCGGAGAAGCGAGAGAGAAAGCGAAGAUGGGUGGAGGAAUGGAAACGAACAAGAACAAGUUCAUCGAGGAUUGGGGAUCUGCUAGAGAGAAUCUCGAGCACAAUUUCCGCUGGACUCGCCGUAACUUCGCUCUCAUCGGAAUCUUCGGCAUCGCUCUCCCGAUCAUUGUUUACAAGGGAAUCGUCAAAGAUUUCCAUAUGCAAGAUGAAGAUGCAGGCAGACCACACAGAAAGUUCCUCUGAGGUUGUUUGCAAGAACACUCUCUGCAAUAAGUCUCAGCAAUGUGAAAUUUCAAGACGAGGAUGUUAAAACCCGCUUUUGCUUUUGCAUUUUAAUCAACAUCUGAACUGAAGGGUAUAAUUUAUUUUUUGGAAAAGUUUGUUGUAAUGACUAUACUUGUUUGCAAAUAAACAAAACUCAGUUUUCCCUUGAGUUUGGCAUGCUUAUUGUGUGUGUUGAUUCUUAUGCAUUAAACAUUUGUUCCGAAG